UUAGCGGUGAACAUUUUACCGAUCUCGCACCUAUUUUCCUGGCGCUCACAAUCUCAGACAUUCUCAGUGGCAUCUCACAUGUUACUUGUUUUGUGUGUGCCAUUUUUUGAUUGUCGUUGUUUGUCCGUUUACACUUAACGUUUUCACGUACAUAAAUGAAUUGUUUCAACACGAACGACACGAGUUCUAGACAUUCUAUCAGAAGUAGGCGUGAAUGAGCUUGCCGUCUUACGAGUUCCGUUUGUUUCAAUAUCACGUGCACGAAGAUUACACUAAACGAACGCCAUCAUGUCUAAACGACGUCUUGAUAUAAUUGAUCCGUACAUCACCAAAAACAAAAAGGCUGAAGGAGGAGGACAAGUGUAUAUGAAACCUAGUGCUUCAACUCAAUUACAAACAAAUCCUUACACUAAUUUACCAUUUACUCCUAAGUAUUUUGAACUUCAUAAGAAACGAAUACAAUUGCCUGUAUUUGAGUACAAAGAUGAGUUUAUGAGUCUUUUAAAGAAUAAUCAAUGUAUUGUGCUAGUCGGUGAAACUGGUUCAGGAAAAACUACUCAAAUACCACAAUGGUGUGUAGAAUAUUCUUCGGUAUGUGGUCGCAAAGGUGUUGCAUGUACUCAACCUCGAAGAGUAGCUGCCAUGUCUGUAGCACAGCGAGUUUCUGAAGAAAUGGAUGUUUGCCUUGGUUCUGAAGUUGGUUACAGUAUACGUUUUGAGGAUUGUUCUUCAUCCAGAACACUUUUAAAAUACAUGACAGAUGGUAUGUUGCUCCGUGAAGGUAUGUCUGAUCCCAUGUUAGAAACAUAUCAAGUUAUUCUUCUAGACGAAGCUCACGAGAGAACUUUAGCUACAGAUAUAUUAAUGGGUGUUCUUAAAGAAGUUAUUAAACAGAGAAAGGAUCUUAAAUUAGUUAUUAUGUCCGCUACGUUAGAUGCUGGAAAAUUUCAACAAUAUUUUGAUAAUGCCCCACUUAUGAAUGUUCCUGGCCGCACAUUCCCUGUAGAAAUAUUUUAUACUCCAGAACCGGAACGAGAUUAUUUAGAAGCAGCAAUUCGUACAGUUAUUCAAAUCCAUAUGUGUGAAGAAGUGGCUGGAGAUAUUUUACUAUUUCUUACAGGACAGGAAGAAAUUGAAGAAGCUUGUAAAAGAAUAAAAAAAGAAAUUGACAAUUUAGGUCCAGAUGUUGGUGAAUUGAAAUGUAUUCCAUUAUAUUCUACUCUACCUCCAAAUUUACAACAAAGAAUUUUUGAGGCAGCUCCCCCAAAUAAGGCAAAUGGAGCUAUAGGACGUAAAGUAGUAGUUUCCACAAAUAUUGCUGAAACAUCUUUAACUAUUGAUGGAGUUGUAUUUGUGAUAGAUCCUGGAUUUGCUAAACAAAAAGUAUAUAAUCCUCGUAUCCGUGUUGAGUCAUUGCUCGUGUCUCCUAUUAGUAAAGCUUCUGCUCAACAAAGAGCUGGUCGUGCGGGGCGUACAAGAGCAGGAAAGUGUUUCAGGUUAUAUACUGAGAAAGCAUACAAAAAUGAAAUGCAAGAAAAUACAUAUCCUGAAAUAUUACGUUCAAAUUUAGGUUCAGUAGUAUUACAACUAAAGAAACUGGGUAUCGAUGAUUUAGUACAUUUUGAUUUUAUGGAUCCUCCAGCACCAGAAACUUUAAUGAGAGCUUUGGAGUUACUUAACUAUUUAUCAGCUCUGGAUGAUGAUGGUAAUCUUACAGAUUUGGGCAAUAUUAUGGCUGAGUUUCCUCUAGAUCCACAGUUAGCAAAGAUGUUGAUUGCUUCAUGCUCACUUAGUUGCUCUAAUGAAAUCCUUUCGAUAACAGCUAUGUUGUCAGUCCCACAAUGUUUUGUUCGACCAUCUGAAGCAAAGAAAGCAUCCGACGACUCAAAAAUGAGGUUUGCCCACAUCGAUGGGGAUCAUCUUACCUUACUCAAUAUUUAUCACGCAUUUAAACAAAAUAAUGAAGAUCCACAAUGGUGCUAUGAUAAUUUUAUUAACUAUCGAUCAUUAAAGUCUGGUGAUAACGUCCGUCAACAAUUAUCUCGUAUCAUGGACCGUUUCAAUUUAAAACGAACAUCCACAGAGUUUACUUCUAAGGACUAUUAUUUAAAUAUCCGUAAAUCUCUAACUACAGGAUUCUUUAUGCAGGUUGCGCACUUAGAACGGACUGGACAUUAUUUAACAAUAAAAGACAAUCAGACAGUCCAAUUGCAUCCCUCAACGGUGUUAGGUCAUAAACCUGAAUGGGUGAUUUACAAUGAGUUUGUAUUAACCACCAAAAAUUACAUAAGGACUGUUAGUGAAGUAAAACCGGAAUGGUUACUCAAAUAUGCUCCACAAUACUAUGAUUUACAAAAUUUUCCACAAUGUGAAGCUAAAAGACAAUUGGAAGUCAUUCAAGCAAAGCUAGAUACCAAACAAUGGCAAGAAGGUUAUUAAUAUUUUAUUCAAGAAUUUCCUUUUUAUUAAGUCCAUUACUGAAAAAAAUAUGAUGUGUAAGGUUUCUUUAAAUAAAGAAAUAUUUUUUUCUAUUCCAAUAUAAUUGAUGUAAUUUAAAUUAAAAUAAUAUGACCAACAUUUAUUUUAUGAAUGGAACAUUUUAAUUUGUACUUUUUAGAACAAAUAUUUUCUGAUUGUAAUUUAUAAAGUUAAUUUAUUUUCAGUACAAGUAUCAUAUAAUUAUAAUGAUAACGAAAAAUACUUUGUAAAUAAAAGUUGAUUGAAUUUAAAUAUA